AUAAAAGCUGCAUUACCAUUCUAGAAUAUGUUACUUUCAGCGAGACUUUCUUGUAAAUUAUUCUAAACUCCAUGCAGAAUAUUUUUCAUAGAAUUACAAACGAAGGUCACUGAACAACAAGGAAAGAAAAAUCAGUUCAUGACAUAUCCAGGCUUACAGAUAUGAAUUUGGCUGAGGUGGCUGUCGCUUUAGCUAGUUGAAACAUGCUUUUCCUUUCCAAGUCCAAAUAAGGCGGUUUAGAUAAAAAAGCCGACUGCUUUUAAUAUCAAAAAGCGUUUACGCGGUUGAGGCUGACUUAUCUUAUAUUACUACUGCGGUCGUGUGUAAUUUUUUCCCCCAGUGCAGUUUGGAAUUCUUGCCGUGGCCUUCCUGUGAAUUUCUUGGCUCAACAGCAGUUGAAUGAAGCAUGACAAUUACAACAACUCAAAAAAGAAGGGGACAUUUUCAUUUGCUAUCAGACUUUCAGACACCAAAAAUAUUUUCGUUUUCUUUAAUUAGGAAGCUCAGUUGCUCUUUAUGUCGGAUCAGUUUCACGAUUAUUCGCAAAGGCGAGAAAAUAGUCCUUAUCCGGUUGCCGUUCCGUUUAAGAAGCUGGGUCAUGAAUCGUAAUUGGCCACUAGGAGCCAAGAAACUGGCGAGAACGACGCGUCGCAAAUCUUCGACGUGGCGGCCAUUGUCGUCAUGUUUCAUAUAACCUGUUCACUACUGCGCUAUUGUUGUUGAAUAUUCUAUCGAUAACUUCAUUCCACGAUUUUAUGCCGUCAUUUCGUCGAACACUGGUUGCAGGAGAACUUCAUCUGUCUGCUUCGAGGUUUUCUUGCGUAGAGCAUGAGGAACAUAAAAAAUUCAGGAAAUAAACAUUUUUCCUUUACAAGAACUUAGGUAUUCGUUAACCGGUUAAAUAGAUCUUCGAGGCCGCUGACAUACCCUGCAACAUUGGUUGCAAACUGCUGCAAACUUUACGCAGAUAAGAAGCCACCAAAUGUUUAAAAUUGAACUGUCUCCGUAAAAUUACUACCUUUGUCCUCCUUAUUGAUUUAGUUAGUUCUAUAUCAUCAGCUCCCCAAGUUUCAGGAUUUAAAAGGCUUCGACUCUUGAAAGUGUUUUCAACAGCGCGACUUAUCUCCUUAAAUCUGGUCGCUAUAGGGCAGGAUUGACCGGAUUGUAUGAAACUCGACGUAAUGGCUGAUCACAGAGAGAAGUGACCGACGUUUCUCCAAGUCUCUUGGUUUUCAGUGUUUCUCUGCGUGACGUGACCCAGCUCUCUUUAAUUCCCCAAGAUAUCUUAAAAACUAGCCAGGAAGGAAGUGGGUUUAUAGGCAACAUCGCCAUCACAUCGUUGUUCACUUAUAUAUAUGGAUCUUAAUUCUGAUGUAAAUCUGGCGAAAAAUUAUUCCUGUCCGAGAGGUUGCUCAUCAAGGAAUCGUGUUGUCAUGUGCAACGUCAAUGCUUCUUUUCAUUGAGGUCCAAAAGACGAUGAUAAGAUUUGCUUUAAAGGUUUAGCUGGCAAAAAUAUUGAGACAACGAGGAAUCGUGGUAAUGGUUUAAUUUUAUAUUUCUUUAAUGCUAGCUUGAGAGAGAUCACAUAUGGUAGACUAAUACACAUUGGGCUCAAUCAUCCAGAGAGAUGAGCACGGAAGAUCCUGUAAAAAGCAGAAAUUCCUGGAUUGUCGUCUUUAUCGCAGAGUCUAUCGUGAUCGUGAUGAGCAAUGCCCUCACUCUGUUGGUAUUUGCUAAAAUCCGCCAUCUACGCAAGUGCAGUACUUACCUAAUAAUGAACCUGGCUGUGGCAGAUUUGUUGGUGGGCGCUCUUACGGUGCCUACAUCAGUAUUGUAUUUUUUUUAUGAAGAUGAAAACCAAGUCACCCCCUCAAGAGUCGCCAAAACAGUCAUUACAUUCGUCUUCCCGUUAGCCUCGCAAUUGAAUCUUUGUUUGAUUUCCACGGAGCGGUUACAUGCAACCCUUUUGCCAUUUAGGCAUUGCUUGUUUGGGAAAAGGUUUUACUUUAGAACUAUCCUAGGUAGCUGGUUGAUAAACUUUGUCAUAGCUUCUAUUAUGGCUUGGCUGGACAUCGCAGAUUUUCAUCCAGAGUUCUUGUACGUGCACGGUGCAUUGGUUGCACUUUUUGUGGUUUUUAUCGCAGUUUCUCACAUCAUAGUGUUUCUAAAGAUCCAAAGUAGCCGUCAUUCUCCACCGUGUAGUUCAAUACGAAAAGAAAGAAAGCUUACAGUAACACUUUUCAUAGCAACUGCGGUUUCUGUUCUGACUAUUCUGCCUUUUGCCGUCAACUCUGCCAUGCCAGGCGAAAUACAAGAUAGAGUGACCACUUUUCCGAUCCACAUUGACUUUGCAUUCGUUGCACUUUAUAAUUUGAGUUCAAUGGUGAAUCCUUUCGUUUAUGCAAUACGAUUACAGGAAUUUAGAGGUCAAAUUAGUAAGCUUAUAAGACGAUAAAGCGAGGCGGACGCAAAGAGGACGGCAAACUGAGGAAACCCCUGCAGAUAGUUUCUAACCCCAUGCCAUUCAAAUGGCGAGGCAUACAAGUCAUAGUGGAUCAAAAUGCUGAGGCAUUGACUAUGAUAGGUGGCCUCGGAUAAAUAAACAAGUUUAGAAGUGUUAUUAGGUCUAAUCAUUAUGCUUACAAAAAAGAUCUUAACAUUAUCAAAGUCCAGGUGAAGAUGACGGUUCAUGAUGGUUUCGCCCCAUUACAACUUAGUGCCUACCCGGUUUGCCCCCGCCCCGGAGACGCAUUGAAAGAUUUUGUGGGAGAGAUGGUGACCUUAAUUCGGACUUACUACUUCAGGAGGCGAAAUUGCUGAGGAGCCACGAACUUGGAAGCUCGCAUUAAAGUUAAACCUCUAGAUACCAAGAGGCUCAAUCAAUUAACUAUUGGGACCUAGCAUGAACUUUUUUUAUUACGUUUAAUCUUACUUCAAGGUCCUUGCUACUAAAUUAAUAAUGUUUAGAUGUUUUCAGGAAUUGAAUAUUAGAACUCUGAAAACACUAUGGCUGUUAAAAUGAUUGAGCUAAAUGCUUUAUUGAAUUGCUAAAUAAUGCCUUGGGAAUAUGUACUUAAAUAAAAUAUCUCAUUUAAUUUCAAUUAUGAUUAAAAAGAAGUGAUUAAA